UACCUUAUCUUAGCUCCUUUAUUUUCCCUUGCAACCACCAAACUACUCUACACUCAACACACUCUCUUCCUCUUCCUCUUCCUCUUUUUCUUUCUCUCUCUACAAUUCAAUGGCGCAAUCUCUAUGUUUCACUCCCUUAACUGCUGUUAGCAGCACACCAACUAAACCAGGGGUUUUGAUUGGCAAUUCUAGUAUUGUAACGUUUGUUAAAGGACAACCCCAUUUGGGUACUGAGAGAUUUCAGUCUCUUGAGGUUAAGGCAGCAGAUCAAAAGUCUUACAGAGGCAGUGCAGGUACCAAGGUGAAUAGCAUAGUGUGUGCUGCAUGUGAUGGAAAUGGUGCCAAGGUAUGUUCACAGUGUGAAGGAGCUGGUGUGAACUCCCAAGAUCAUUUUAAUGGACAGUUUAAGGCCGGUGCAUUAUGCUGGCUUUGCAGAGGUAAAAAGGAGAUUCUGUGUGGAGACUGCAAUGGAGCUGGCUUCAUCGGUGGAUUCAUGAGUACCUUCGAUGAAGGAGGUCUUUGAAAGGAUUAAGCCUACACAUUUGAAGCAGGGGUAUAGAAUCACUACAGAUCCCUAGAUAAUAGUAUUUUCAUCGUAUAUCAUUUGAUAGUUGCUUGAUGUUUUUCUUUACUAAGCUAGUAUUCCGUUGUAACUCUGUAUGUUGUAGCAAUGUACAACAGUUUUGCAAAUUGUUAUCGUGUUAUUGAUUAAUGAUUUUUCACUAAGCUAGUAUUGCGCUUUAAUGCAAAGUACAAAUGUUUAGCUUGU